CGCGAAAUAAGCGAGACUAACAACAUAAAUGAUCUAUCAUUCGUAUGGCCAAAGGAAUCUAUUCCAUCUGCGCUUCCUUUGGGUGAUUCGGAAGGUGCAACACGCGAUUUGAACCGUCUUCUCGACUUAUUAGCUAUCGUGAAGCCAGUACAUGGCGCUAAGAAGCCAAUGGAUUAUAAACAUAUGAUACGUUUGAUAGAAUUAUAUGACUUGGUACCAAAAGAAGUUAUCAAUAAACUCAAAAGCCGUUUAUCAGAAGUAUUCGACGAUAACGAUCUUAUAUCACAACCCGAACUAUCAAAUAGGAGAGAAAAUCCAGUAUCUUACAAAGACAAACUUAAUCCAGACUCCGAUAAAUUUAAAGAAGCUUUAGCAAAUUUCAAUAAUCGUAACUUACAACAAUCGUCAUCGAAUCGAACAAACAAUGGCAUAUAAAAUUGAAGCAGCACCAAGUAACAGGGCACACUGUAGAGGUCCAAAGCCAUGUAAUGGUAGUUUAAUAGGCUUUGGUGAAUUGCGUUUAGGUGUCGACGUUAAGUUCCACGAAAGGUAUAGCUAUAUCUUUCGCCACUGGAAGUGCGUUACACAAACUCAAAUGAAUAAUAUUCUCAAUGUGUACUCUGGUCCGGAAGAGAUACCUGGUUUCAAGGAGCUUUGCGACGAACAUAAGAAGGCUGUCCUAGACACAUUUGAGAACUUUGAAGUGCCUUCGUACAAAAUACCGGCAGAUCCAAAAGCCAAAAGAAAGAGAAACAAUAAGGAUCGCGAUGUUGCCAAUCAUGAAGGAUUUGAGCUUGAGUCUGAUUAUACUGAUGAAGAACCAAUUGGUAUAGAUUCUAAACCAGUAUCAUCGAAGAAGGAAAUGGAUAAACCAAGAGGCAGGAAAGGUAGCAGAAAGACAAAGGGAGAAGGCAGAAGUAGGAAGAUAGAUGGCAAUUCAGAAGAGCAUGAAGAAUCAGAUCUUACGGAUCUGGAGGACUCUGAUCAACAGCCAAAGAACGAACCGGACGUGACAGACGAAAACACUCACGAUACUCAAUAUCAGCAAUCAGAAGAAGAUAAACCAGCAGACGCGUCCGUGAAACACCAAACGCGCUCGGCAACCAGACAACAGAAGCGAAAGUAGGAAGCAUCUCCAGUCGUCUUGACAACUGUUGAAUUCUCCCACUGCGUAGAUAGGUACAACUCCAAUCUACUUAUAAUUACUUGUUUUUUAUUUGUUUUCUCGCAAUUUCUCGUUCCUAAGAUUUCGUUCCCUUUCCCAAUCAGCAAGUUAAUGUAUAUAAUGAAAUUCAUUGUAAUAAUAAAAAGUAUGAAUCUAAAU